GGCCCAACAACAUUUUAGCGUAUUUGGAAAGGGAAACGAAAAGAACAGAGAAACCAAAAAUCCUUCUCAUUUCUUCCCCUGCGCCCGAAUCGCGCCCCUGUUCUUCCCGAUUCUGAAGCAUCAACAUCGUCCUCCGCCAUGAUCCGGUUCAUCCUGCUGCAAAACCGGCAGGGGAAGACGCGGCUGGCCAAGUACUACGUCCCGCUCGAGGACUCGGAGAAGCACAAGGUCGAGUACGAGGUGCAUCGGCUCGUGGUCAACCGGGACCCCAACUUCACCAACUUCGUCGAGUUCCGUACACACAAAGUCAUCUACAGGAGAUAUGCAGGUCUUUUUUUCUCAAUCUGCAUGGAUAUCACUGACAAUGAGUUGGCAUAUUUGGAAUGUAUCCAUUUGUUUGUCGAGAUAUUGGACCAUUUCUUCAGCAAUGUUUGUGAACUUGAUUUAGUAUUUAACUUCCACAAGGUCUACUUGAUAUUGGAUGAGUUUAUUCUUGCUGGAGAGCUUCAAGAAACAAGCAAAAGGUUUUGUUUGUUCUGGGUCAGCCUGUCACCGCCGCUCGGCCACCCACCCACGCCUCCUCCUGCUCCUUCCCCGCUGCUCAUCGCUCCCUUGCCGUCACCGCCGCCCGGCCACCCGCCCGUGCCUCCUCCUGCUCCUUCCCCAUCGCUCGUCGCUCCCUUGCCGUCACCUCCGCCCGCCCACCUGUCCGUGCCUCCUACUGCUCCAGCGGCUGCGCGGCCUGUCCAGACAGAGGCCCGCACAUCUGUUAAAGCACUAUUUAGGGUGGUGCUGCGCUGCUGGAGCUCGCCGCUGGCGGGCCGCCACGGCUGCCGGAGCGUGCCUCUGGACGGCCCGCGCGGCCGCUAGAGAGGGAGAGGAUGAGC